CACCCACUAAGGAAGCAGUAUCAUCAGAGGCAGCGCAUCUACAAACAAGAAGAUAAUAUGAGAGCUGUUGCAAUCUUCUUGGUUUUGGUGAAUUAUUUCACCGGCUGCCAUGGUUUGACCUGUGAGGUUUCUCCGCUGCACUUUUCUGCAGUCCAGCUUGAUGCUGGUCAAGGCAUGGUGGUGAUGACUGACACAUCCUCCAACGUCUUCUUCCUGAGUGGAUCAAGUUGGACCAAACUGGGCUCUGUUCCCCUCAAGCAUGUCUCAGUGGGACCUGCAGGAAUCUGGGGAGUCAACAAUGAUGACCAAGUCUAUAAAUUUGCUGGUGGUGAUUUCUUUCCUCUUUCAGGUCUGAAGUUGAACCAGCUGGAUGCUGGUGGAGAGGGGCAUGUAGUUGGGGUUACCGACAGCGACAGCAUCCACUGUGUCAAUGCCAGUAAUGUCUCACCCACUGAGCAGGAGGGCAGUUUGAACUGGAUUACACUGCCAGGAGCGCUGAUGCAUUUCAGCUGUGGUCCCAAUACAUGCUGGGGAGUGAACUCCAAUCAAGAUAUCUACUUCAUUAAAAUCUUACCAAACAGCUGUUUUAGAAAUGAAUGGACACAUAUAGAAGGAAAAGCAGUAAAGGCAGAAGUUGGGAGUAAUGGACGGGUCUUUGUUGUGAAUAAAGGUGGAAACCUUUAUGAAAGAAUUGGAAUCUCUAACAAAACUCCAGGAGGUGUAAAUUGGAAACAUAUUGAAUUUGAGAAGCCCAUCAAGUAUGUUAGCUAUGACCUGGGACGUCUGUGGAUUGUGACCGAGUGCAACCUCAUCCUAGAAUGCACUGAGUAACAAGCUGGAAGGGGGUAUCCCUGUUUGUGCUUCAUGAGAAGAGAAUUUUAGCUGGUUCAUCAAUUUAACUAUGAGGAUAUAAAUGACUGUAAUGAUUCUGCUUAAAUGACUCUAUGAAAAGGAACAAAACGAAACCUUUAGAAGGAAUAAUUUGUCCGAUGACUUUAGGCAGAUGGGAUUGGGAUUGAUAACUCUUUACACUUGGGGUUUACGCUUUAAGCCUUUAAAUGUAAAAUAUCAAAACCUUGUUUUAAGUAAACAAUAAAUCAU